AUGAUUUCUGCUCUUUCACGGGCUUAUGAUGCGAUACGUGACGUAAAAUAUCGUGAAUUGGCUGAGAAUGCUGCGAGAUUUAUCAAAGAUCAAUUAUAUGACUCCGACAAAAAGAUAUUGUUAAGAAGCUUUAGAGAAGGACCUGGUGAAGUUGAAGGAUUUGUGGAUGAUUAUAGUAAUUUAAUUGAAGGAUUACUUGAUCUUUAUCAGUCAACCUUUAACGAAUCUUAUCUUGCAUGGGCAAUUGAUUUACAAGAUCAACAAAAUUCGUUGUUUUAUGAUGAAGAAGGUGGAGGCGCUUUUUUCAAUGUAGGAAAAAGCAACAAAAACAUCUUGGUUAGAUUGAAAGACGAUCAUGAUGGAGCUGAACCAUCAGCUAAUUCAGUAUCAGUUAGCAAUUUGCUUCGACUUGGUCAUAUUGUUGAUAAAUCAGAUUAUAAUGCUAAAGCCGAACAAACUUUAAAAUAUUUUGUUAAAAGGUUGGAUAGAACCCCUUAUGCUAUGCCAGCAAUGGUUGCGAGUUUGAUGUUAUAUUUGAAAGGAAUUAAACAGAUAGUUGUUGUUGGAUCGGAGCAAGAAGCGAUCGUUCAAAAUUAUAUUGAUAAAAUUAAAGAAAGGUUUAUGCCAAAUAAAAUUUUGCUGGUAGCAAAAGAAAAUGGGGAGGUCUUAAAUGAAAGAUGCGAAAUGAUUAAAAGUAUUAUGCAAGCAGGUGAAAGUGUACCUUCAGUUCAUAUAUGUGAGAAUUUUACCUGUGGAAUGCCAAUUAAUGACGUGCAUGAAUUGGAAGAAAAGUUGAUUGAAUCGUAA